AUGGUAAAUGAGCUUAAAACUAAGCGUAAGGAUGGCAAUGUGGGUCUUAAACUUGACAUCACCCAAGCUUUUGACACGGUGAGUUGGUCUUUUGUUCUAGAAGUUUUUCGGAGGUAUGGUUUUUCUCAGAGAAACAUGAAGAGUUUGCACAAUCUUCUUGCUUUACUUGGAAAAUAUCAAACAGCUUCGGGUCAAACUGUUUGCCGUCAAAAGAGUAAGGUUUAUUAUGGUGGUGGUUCUUUGAAUCGCUGCACUACCAUCACUAAUUUACUUGGUACGGAAGUUUCUACUUUCCCGGACAGGUAUCUUGGUGUUCAAAUUAUGCCCGGUGCUGUUAAGUAUCGCCACAUUAGCAAUGUGAUUGAUAAAAUUAAGAAUCAACUUGUUGUUUGGAAGGGUAAAUUGCUCUCUUUUCAAGACAGAAUUGUUCUUAUUAAUUCAGUGAUUGCUAAUUAUUCUAUUCACAACAUGGCUGUGUAUAAGUGGCCUUUGAAGUUUAUUAAACAAGCUGAGCGUGUGAUUCGCAAUUUUCUUUGGUCUGGGGAUGCUGAGGUCUCAAGGAAGUUUGUUGUUGGUUUUCCUAAAGUUUGCUUCCCUUUGAAUGAAGGUGGUUUCGGUAUUUCUAGUUUAGCAGUCACAAACAAGGCGCUUCUCAUGAAAUUAUGGUAG